AAACUCUCCGUUGUUGACGCACUCCUUUCAACUCAUCCCACUCAAGACACCAGAAAGGAUAUCCAUCUCAUCCUUCUUUGAUCGAAUCUACAAAAUGGGGACAUCGCAACCAAUUCUUGACAUUGGCUCUGCCUCUUCGCCAAAGAGAACGACGGCCCACCUUCUCCCUUGCAAAAUCCAUCAUACCGGGCCAGUCGAACCAACACAGUCCUUCUGGGACCCACAAACAUCAACAUCAUCGACAGGCAUCAAAGAAGCCUACUUCCGCGGCCGCAAGCUAAGAGGCAAGCCCGUCGCAUUGCCAGAAGGAUACAAAGGUGUUGUUGCCAUCUCAUCAUUACCAGAUCAGAACGGAAAGGCAGAUGUGAUAGAUCUCGAGAAAGAUAGCCAUGGGAAACUGGAGGUGCAAGCUGAGUUUGACGAGGUAGUGGUCUGGGGUCAUGAAAGCUUAGCUGACGCAGCCGCGGAUGGGUAUGUAAGGAGUCUGGAGGAGUGGGUGGGUGUCGCCGCGGCGCUUCAUUCUCUUGAUAAUGGGGAUAGUAAGUAGUGGGACGAUUUGAAGGAAGGUUGUCUGAACAUUAGGGAAACAAAAGUCGCGAGCGUUUCAAGAGCUGGGCUCAGCAUAAAUCAUCAGCAAAAAGGCUAGAGAUUGAUACAGAGAAGUUGCACACAUCCCUAC